AUUGUCUUUCUCUUGAACUUGCCUUCACCUUCUACACUCUCUUCCCCCUCACACUCACGAACACAAAAAUCCCAAUCCCAAUUAAACGCAAAACCUCUGCAACAAAUCAGGGUUUCAAUCUCUUCCCAAAUUCUCUCUUUGCUGCAAUGGAACCACCAAUGUACGAUCACUCUCAACCCUUGAACACCACCGUACCAAUCACCGCUGGCGAAAGCGACGACGGUUCCGGCCCCGACGCCGGCGUCGACGCUCAACAUCAAAUUCAAUACGAAACUCACGGUAUGGAUGAUUCCAACUCCGAUGCUGUUUACGGCAACGGCAGUGAAAAUCCUGAAUUCGCACUUCAAAGUUUUGAUGAAUCUGAUCAGCUGACGCUGUCGUUUCGUGGUCAAGUUUAUGUCUUUGAUUCUGUUACGCCCGCUAAGGUUCAAUCGGUGUUGUUACUGUUGGGUGGAUGUGAACAACCUAAUGUUGGUGUGAAUGCGGUGCCUCAACAAAGUUUGAGGGUGGAAUCAAUGGAUUUUCCUACAAAAUAUAGUCAACUGCAUCGAGAAGCCUCAUUACUUAGGUUCCGGCAGAAGAGGAAAGAAAGAUGCUUUGAUAAGAAAGUUAGAUAUGAAGUACGUCAAGAAGUUGCACUCAGGAUGCAGCGAAAGAAGGGUCAAUUUACUACAUCUAAGAAACAAGAUGGGUCCAAUAGUUGUGGUACAGACCAGGAUUCUAGCCAGGAUGCCAGUCCAUCAGAAAUCUCUUGCACACAUUGUGGCACAAGCUCAAAAUCGACCCCAAUGAUGCGGCGAGGGCCAUCUGGUCCAAGGUCACUUUGCAAUGCUUGUGGGCUUUUCUGGGCAAACAGAGGUGUUUUGAGAGACCUUUCCAAGAGACAUCAGGAGUUAUCUACUGUACCAGUUGAGCAGGUUGAUCAAGGUAACAGCUCAGACUGUGGAACUGCAACUAUCCCUGCACACAACAUCACCCCUAUUGAGCAACCAUCUACUAUUUGCUAGUACUAUACUGGUACUUGUCUGUUUGGAUGCACAGCUGUCUAUUGGAUGCAAGAUAUUAUGAAGUUACAAGUAUAUGCCUCAAAUCCAUGUGCUGUAGAAAGUAUUGACAUGAGAGCAAACAAACACACAUCACCUGAUUUUGUUGUUUUCCCUUAUGUAUUUUAAUAUAUUUAGAAGUAUAAAUCUAGAUAAAAUUACAUGGGAUGUAUAUAGAUUCAAGUGAAAUUUUGUCUGGAUAUACUUCUGGGCGAAACAUAACAAUUGUUUAGAACGAGAUUUUUUCCUGGUUUUGAAAUUUCCCCCUACAUACUCGUUAACAUUA